GAUGCGGCUUCGCGAUAUCCCCAUGUUACCUCCUGUCUGAUAGACGCUGAUUGAGUAUUGGCUGGGUGCGCAUUGUCCGGUUCAAACCUUUAAAUUCAGCGCUGGUUUUUUUGUUUGUUUGUUUGUUUUUUACUUUUACGAAUUCUCAGAGACAUUGACAAGUUUCUUAAGAGGUGCGCGUUGAUUUCAUCAUGACUACAGAAUUUUUAACCAUUUUGUAAACCCGUCGGACAUAUCUGGGACAGUAUGGAUACUGAAUCAGACUCAUGGGUUUAUAUCUGCACAAAUACUGAAGAUACUGUGAGCAGAGAAACAGAAUGACACCGGCGUGGAACCAGCGACCCAGAUGCACACUGACGGAUCAUAGGAUUAAACUGCCAAAGUGCCCAAAUGCUGCCUUUCGGCAACCUCUUCCAUCUUACCUGCACAGAUCAAGACCCCGAAGGCUUCCCACAGACUUUGGGACUUCAGAAAGCCCUGUGUGUCACUGGGAGGAAUCAGGAGUUCCCAGGGUGAGCGGCUACCAUGCCAGACACGCAGAAUCAGGCCCAGUGCGCCCACGAAUUGUGACCGUGGUUCGGCCGUGUGGACAGGAGAGCGUGCGGAAGAUCUCGUUGCUGUUAAACCGCCGUGCUGUGCAGACUUUUGAGCAACUAAUGGCAGAUGUGUCUGAGGCGCUAGGCUUCCCCUGCUGGAACAAUGCUCGAAUACGACGACUCUUUAGCCCUGCUGGGCGAGAAAUCCACAGCUUUGCUGACUUCUUCCGCUUUGACCAUGCCUUCCUGGCCUUUGGGAACAGCCGACCAUCUCUUGAUGAGGUACAUGCUGCACUAGAUGAGUUAUAUCCGGAAAACCCCGGCCAUUGCGAACAUCUGCUGAGUGUAUGGGAGCGUAUCCUGAGACCCAAGGCCACUAAGGCAGAUAGUGGUUUCCAUGAUGAUGACGCCGGAGCCGAGAUGUCCUUACCUACAGUACAUGAUCAACAGGUAAACAAACCAGCUGUCAACAACUUGCAGCCUGUUGGAAGGCAAAAAGAAAAGCUGAAGAGAGAAAGGCAGAGAGAACUAUGGAGGAGGAGAGGUGACCUGCAGAAAGAAGAUGAGAAGGAGAUAAAGAAAGAGGAAGGAAAGAGAGAAGCUGUUUUCUGCCGGAGUUGUCGAGGAUGUGGCCCUCCUAUACCUCCAAUCAGAAGCAGUCAAUGUUCUCAAUCAGACAGGCCAAAUAACCACAGUAAUAAAAGUACUUCAUCGCAGAACGACAUGGAAAAAACACAACAAAGAUCAUUGAAAGCAGAAGAGCAUGUUGCCAAUACAAAAUCAAGCCCAAUUGUUCCUCAAAACUGGGAUAAAGAUCUUAACUUGGAGGCAAUUACUGAGCAGGACAUUAAUCAGCAGGAAACAGUUGAGCAGAAAGACUUACAGAGUAACGUAUUACCUGAUGGUGCCGAAGUGUCACUGGAGGACAUUGAGCACUGCUAUGACAUGGGGCGGGUGGUAGGAGACGGGAACUUUGCAGUGGUCAGGGAGUGCCGUGUGAGAGGCCUGGCUGAAACUUUCGCUAUGAAGAUUGUGGACAACGCAAAGCUGCAAGGACGUGGUAACAUGAUUCAGAAUGAGAUCGCACUGCUGCAUAGUCUGGAACACCCUCGCCUCAUACAGCUGUUUCGUUCUCAUCACACGGACACACAUGUUUACCUGCUGAUGGAGCUGGUGGCCGGUGGAGACUUGUUUGAUGCUAUCACUCAGAGUGGCAGGUUUACUGAGCCAAGUGCUGCAUGCAUGAUCAGAGACAUCAGUCAGGCUCUGGAAUACAUCCACAGCAAGAGCAUCGCACACCGAGACAUCAAACCUGAAAACCUACUGGUACAGCGGCAUAGCAAUGGAAGUUUGAAUCUGAAGUUGGCUGAUUUUGGUUUAGCCAUGGUGGUAACAGAGCCAGUGUUCACAGUCUGUGGCACACCUACAUAUGUUGCUCCAGAGAUACUUGCUGAGACAGGUUAUGGUGUUGGAGUAGACGUUUGGGCAAUGGGUGUCAUACUGUUUGUGCUGCUGGGUGGGUUUCCUCCAUUCCGAAGUCCAGAUCGUAAUCAAGAGGAACUAUUCCGUCUCAUCCAGAAAGGAGAAGUCCACUUUCUGUCCCCAUACUGGGAUAAUGUGUCUGAGGGGGCUAAAGCUGUAGUGAGGGCUUUGCUAGAAGUCAGUCCGAAAAGGCGCUUGACAGCUAGUCAAACCCUGCAGCACGGCUGGCUUCAGCAUGCAAUAGCACAAAAGGACCACAAGGGGGCUAUAAAAGCCACUGACUCCAUGGCUGAGAGGCGCAACCAGCAGAAACUGAGUGGACAGGUGGAAAGUGCUGAGAAUAAGAGUGAUUCUCACAAACCAGAAACGUUGGCAGAGAAAUAUCAUGCAGCACAAACUUACAAGAACAUACUUAACUAUGAUUCAGAUAUUAACGCUUGUGACAGAGACCAGCAGAUUCAGGAGAUUCAUAACAUGACAAGCAACCAGCAAAAUGCAUCCCAUGCAGAAGACACCACCACCAUGAACAAGCAAUAUACCACAGAUCAGCACAAACCUGAGAAACCAGCACAGCAAGAAGACACUGACACAAAACAAGAGUGACCUGCUGAGUAAUGAGUUAAAGGGCAGUGAAGAAGCCAGCAUAAACAAGGGACUAGUAGAAACCAAUUAUAUAUGAAAAGACUAAUAGAGUCUGGACCAAACAAGCUAUGUGAAACAUAAAGUGGAACAUAAACAUAGCAUAACAAAACAAACAUAAUGCUCUGUAGUAAACAAUGUAACCUACACAUAUACUCUAAGCACUGAUUCUGACUUCUGUUCAAUGUUUUUGACCUGAUGACAAGGCCCAGAUCAAAUCUGUACAUUUCUGGACUCAAUUUGGAGGAAAAUCUGCUGAAUUAUUGUAAAUAUGGUUAAAUGUAUUAAAAGGAGCUUAUAGUGCACUCUUCCCAGAAGCGUAGGGUAUAAUCCAAUAUUUAAAAAAAAAAACAACUUGAUUAUCAGAAUUCUGUAUCAUUUCUGUGUGUGCUCACAGGUCACUAAUGAAAUGAUCUGAGACAUUAAAGUAACUAUUAUUACGAGAUAUUAUUUACAGACUAGAGGCAGAAAAGCAAUUUAUGAUGUAUUGUUUUGGUAUGUAAAAGCCUCUGAUUAUUCUGUAUUUUCUCCUUAAUCUGUGUUAUUUAAAAAAGAAAGACAUUUCAAUAUGGACUAGUUUUGUUUUUUAAUAUGUAUCAAAAACGCAUCAGUCAAUCUCUGCCUCUGCCAAUGUUUGUAAGUUAGUUGGGUAGACUAGCUAGUAAUAAGCUAAGAGUAUUUAGUAUUAUUUGUGUUCCCAUGUCUCAUUCCUGUAUUUAUAUUGCACAUCUUCAAAUUUGUUCAGUCUUUUUGUUUUCGGCAAAUCAGAGGUCUUUUUGAAACAUUAUGAGUAUUGUGUAAAUGUUUUAGAC